AUGAAUGACACCGACGUUUUUUGCAAAAACAAUCAAACACAGAACUGGACUGACCCGUCAUGUCUGAGAUCAACUCCCGCAUCAUACAACCACGUCGACAUCACCACUUUCAUGCACAUAUUCCCUUCAAUUUAUGGCAUCCUUUGUUCAGUGGGAGUUAUAGCCAAUGGACUGGUAAUUUACGCAGUGAAAGCAUGCAAGAAAAAAAUGGUAUCAGACAUCUACGUGCUGAACUUGGCAAUAGCCGACAUGCUUUUCUUGCUUGUGAUGCCGUUCAACAUUCACCAGCUGGUCAGAGACAGACAGUGGGUCUUUGGAAACUUUAUGUGCAAAGCGGUUGUCGUGGUGGAUGUCAGCAACCAGUUUACCACAGUGGGAAUUGUUACUGUGUUGUGCAUUGAUCGGUACAUAGCUAUUGUCCACCCCACUUCAGAGAAGAGGACCAUACAGUGGACCAUCAUCAUCAACAUGCUGGUGUGGCUGGGCAGCGUCCUCCUCACUGUCCCCGUCAUGCUGUACGCCAAGGUUGUGCGCAGACAGCAUUUGGAGGUGUGUAUGAUGUACCUGGACGGGCCUGAGGACAUGUACUGGUACACUCUCUACCAGUCUAUCCUGGGCUUCAUCAUCCCCCUCAUCAUCAUCAGCACCUUCUACUCACUCACCCUCUACCACGUAUUCAGCUCCAUCCGUCGCGUCAAACGUAAACAGUCUGUUUGGGCUAAAAGAGCCACCAAGAUGGUCCUAAUGGUUAUCGCCCUGUUCCUGAUCUGCUGGUCGCCCUACCACGUCAUCCAGGUGGUCAACCUGACCAACAACACCCCGACUAUUGCCUUCGUCUAUGCCUACAACAUCAGCAUCUGCCUCAGCUACUCCCACAGCUGCAUCAACCCGCUCAUGUUGCUUAUCUUCGCCCAGAAUUACCGCGAGCGUCUCUGCUCCAGGAACGCGAUGCACAGCUCCCGGCACUCAUCAAAGGUCACGGUGGUCAAAACGGACGGCUCCAGUACGACCAACGACCCCAACUACCGCUGUACUGUUAUCUAAUCCGAGAGAUAUCUUUUUUUGUAUUUACACAUGUAAAUGUUUUUGCUGCUCUCCUAUAAGGAAGUGGCUUAAUGAAUGGUGUUGCCUUUCAAGUCAUAUUCUGCAGCUGUUUCCAAAUA